AUGGCGCAACACAACCUACCUCGCGAUCACUCCGAUGGUCGCGGAAGAGGGCGCCGACAGAAUAAUCGAGGGGGAAGGAACAACCUUGGACGGAGGCCUAGCAGCGACAACCAGAACCAGGCUGGCGGUCGGAAGGAUACUGCUAUGUCUCCGCCCAACACAACACCGGCGAAAGAAGCUCCGGAUCAGAAUCAAACAAACGGCGCCUCCUCAGCGAUGAAUCAGCCCCAACCUCCCCCCUCGCCUUCACCGGCUCCUUCGCAAUCACAGCCACACCCACCGCCCCCGCCACAACUCCAGAUAUCGCAUGUUCCUCCCGUCCAACCUGCCGUUCCACCUCCCCCAUUCGAUUAUGAGUACGUGAGUGACACAGUGGUUGAAGCAUGGUCCUCUACAGGGAAACAAAAACUUGUUGAGGAUGGAGUGCAUGCAAAGAAUGAGCAGGAUAUCGCAAAUUUGGCCGCGAUAUACCAGGAAGUGAUCCGGGCCGCUUUUUACGGACGGCUGUCGCCGACGGAUGCUGGGGCGGUAGUUAAAGAUAUCAUAGGAGAAGAUGUUGCUGCAGAAGAUAUUGAUAUGGAUAGUGAAGGACAGAUGGCAACCCUCCUUGAUACCCGUUCUCUGUUCUUGGACACGCUAUCUAUUGUUACCGAUUCCGACACGACGAACCCUGCCCUGAAGCCAUUGGUAUUCUCGACUGGGAUUAGCUCCGCGCUCAUGCGCCUUCAACUCGAUACACCGCUUCUCCAGUCUCUGGGCCUUGUCCGUGAUACAUUUGCCCGUAUGGGAAUUCGGAAGCAGACCAAUCUGCUUUACCGACAAUCUAACUAUAACCUACUGCGUGAAGAAUCUGAGGGUUACUCAAAACUACUCACCGAACUUUUCACGACCAGCAACAAUGAACCUCCGUCGAGUGAGGUAGUUGAGGAUACCUUCGAGAGGGUCAAGGCAAUGAUCGGCGCGUUCGAUAUGGAUGUCGGCCGUGUGCUUGACGUCACGUUGGAUGUUUUCGCUGCCGUACUCGUUAAGCAGUAUCGAUUCUUUGUGAAGCUAUUAAGAGCGAGCUCAUGGUGGCCCAAGGAGGAUGCUUUCCGCGGUUCUGACAGUGACAACCGUGAUUCCGGGCUUCCAAACUGGGCACUACCAGGCUCUGCGGGAUGGGUAACGACAGACGAAGAACGGGCCGAAUUGGUGCACACAAACCAGCAUCGAGAUGCAGAAUUCUGGAAGCGAGUCAACGAGAUUGGAAUCCGGGCCUUCUUCGAGAUUGGCCGCAAACCAGUAUCUGAGGAGGAACUGAAACGUGUACUCCCUGAAAGCAACAAUCUUUCGGAAGAGGAGGCGGGAACACGUAAAUGGAUCGUGGAGACAGGGACAUUGCCACCUAAAGGGAACCGAGUGGCGGCACAGCUUCUCGGAUUCAAGCUUCGUUUCUACUCGUCUCGGGCCCGUAAUAAGUCGGACAUUCUCCCGGACAAUCUUAUCUACUUGGCGGCAUUGCUGAUUAAGGUAGGGUUCAUUUCCCUACGUGAUUUGUACCCUCACCUUUGGAGACCCGAUGAUUCUAUGGAUCUUUUGAAGGAGGAAAAAAUGAAAGAAAAAGCGGAAAGGGAGAGGGCAGCGCGACCUGGUGGGGGUGUGAAUGCGUUAAUGAUGGCCGGUGCUUUGUCGGACGAUACUCUACCUACCCCUACUCCUCGCAUUCGGGAAUCAGAGACACGAUCAGCAACACCUGGGAAAGACCAAGAGACGGAAAAGUCAACUCCAGCCAAGACCGAGGAAGAUGAACUUCCUGAGCCGUCAGACCAGAAAGUGAUGCUUCUUAAGAGCUUACUGGCAAUUGGUGCGCUUCCCGAAUCCCUAUUCAUACUCAGCAAAUUUCCCUGGCUUAUGGACGGCUACCCGGAACUUCCCGAGUUUAUUCAUCGUAUUCUCCACCACUGUUUGAGCAAGGUAUAUGCUUCAUUGCGCCCCCUCCCAUCUGUGGAGGAGCUUAGAGGGCAGAAGCAAAUCCUGAGUUCAGACCAGUCUGGCAUACCGAAGGGCCAGAUUCGGCUAAGCCAAGCACCCCCAAGGCGGGUGCUUCGAUGGGCUCAACUUGACAAGGAGGAUACGAACGAUGGGACUGAUUAUAGAUUCUACUGGGACGACUGGGCCGAUAGCGUUCCUCUCUGCCAGAAUGUUGACGAUGUCUUUGCCCUCUGCUCGUCGUUCCUAAACCUUUCUGGACACAAAAUUGGGCAGGACGCCAGUCUACUGACCAAACUUGCAAGAAUUGGAAAAGAUAGUCUAAGUAAGGAUGAUUCGCCUGGCAACAGGGCCAGGUGGAAGGACCUCUGCAAACGCCUCUUGGUGCCUGCCAUUAGCUUGACCAAAGCAAACCCCGGUGUUGUCAACGAAGUAUUCGACUUAGUGAGCUUCUUCCCCCGGGAAACUCGAUACAAUAUGUACGCCGAGUGGUACUCCGGACAAACGUCUCGCCUUCCGGACGUCAAGUCGGCGUUUGACCAAGCGAGGGCGGAAACGAAGGACGUACUCAAGAGGCUGAGUAAGACGAAUAUACGACCGAUGGCUCGUGCAUUGGCCAAAAUUGCGUAUGCAAAUCCUGGUAUUGUUAUCAACGUCGCCAUCAGCCAAAUCGAAUCUUAUGAAAAUCUCAUCGAAGUUGUCGUGGAAUGUGCACGUUACUUUACCAACCUCGGGUACGACAUCUUGACAUGGGCGUUGAUCAACUCGCUUGGUCAGAAAGGAAGAAGCCGUGUUCAAGAGGGUGGAUUACUGACCAGUCGCUGGCUGAAUGCGCUGUCAACCUUUGCGGGCAGAACCUUCAAGCGGUACUCGGUAAUGGAUCCUACCCCCGUGCUGCAAUAUGUUGUGGAACAGCUGCGACACAACAAUUCCACCGAUCUUAUUGUCCUAGAGCAGAUGAUCAGUUCUAUGGCAGGUAUCAUCACCGACACCAACUUUAACGACAACCAAAUACAGGCCAUGGCAGGUGGUGACGUCCUUCAAGCCCAAACAAUCCUACAGCUGUUGGACCGACGACACGAAUCUAAAACUACAUCGAGGCGACUAAUGAAAGCGUUGACCGUCUCGAAGCUCGCUGGUCAGUUGCUUAUUGCAAUCGCCCAGGAACGUUGGACCUGCAUUUUCCAGGAGUCGGAGGGUUCCUCGGAACUCAAGCUGCUGGGUAACGUAUUUGACGAAAUUCACCGAGUUUUAGCUCAGUAUCUGGACCUUCUGCGCAGUAACAUGUCGGUGGAGGAGUUCGAUUCAUUCGUCCCUGAUCUUGCAUCCCUGAUUGGCGAGUUCGGAGUCCAGCCUGAAGUAGCUUUUUGGAUUCGACGACCAAGUGUGGCCAAGAAGAUAUCCGAGAGUGAAAGAACGACACAGGACGAGGACGCAGGGGUGGCCAAGAGCGGUGAGGGCGAGGAACAGUCUCCGUCUAAAGAUGAGACGGACAAGAUGGAAACGGAUGAAGGAGAAGCGACAGCCCAGGAUGGCGGGCAGCCUGCUGAGAAUGCCAUGGAUGUUGACAAAGAUCAGUCUGAAAAGCCUACUGAGACCGAUGCUGUGAACAAAACAACAGAACAAGCCAUCGCCAUAGCCUCAGUUACUCCCGAAACUCCUCUGAAUCCCGUUAUGCAAGACCUCCAGGACCAGGUAAAGUCGGCUCUGCCUUCUGAAACAUGGGGUGUGGUUGGCCUGCAUUUCUAUGUCACCUUCUGGCAACUGUCUCUUUACGACGUACAUGUACCUCAAAAAGCAUAUGAGGAUGAAAUAGACCGCCAGAAGAAGAAAGUAAUUGCUAUUGGCAACGACCGAUCUGACAUUAGCAUGGCUGGUAGCCAGAGAAAGGAGCGGGAAAAGAAGCAGAUAACCCAGCUUCAAGACCGCAUACUGGAGGAGAACAAGGCUCACCUGAAGUCUUAUGGUCAGACAAGGACGAAGCUGCAGAAGGAGAAGGAUCGAUGGUUCGCUGGUAUGCGUGGGAAACACGAUGCGUUGAAUGUGGCCUUGCUGGAGCAGUGCUUCAUGCCUCGACUGCUGUUGUCACCGAUUGACGCAUUUUACUGCUUUAAACUCCUCAAAUUCCUCCAUACAUCCGGAACGCCUAACUUCCGGACUGUCGGUCUUCUAGACCAAUUGUUCCGAGAGCAGAGACUUACGGCAUUGAUUUUCCAGUGUACUUCAAGGGAGGCUGACAACCUUGGCCGCUUCCUGAACGAGAUUAUCCGAGAUCUUGGCCGUUGGCAUGCCGACAAGGUCGUCUACGAGAAGGAAGCGUUCGGUACCAAGAAGGAUCUUCCUGGAUUUGCCAUGCUUGUUGACCCGGAAGGCAAACCGACGACAUUCCUGGAGUACGAAGACUUCCGCCGACUUUUGUACAAGUGGCACCGUCUUUUGGCUGCUGCCCUCAAAACUUGUUUGAAUGGCGGCGAAUACAUGCACAUUCGCAAUGCCAUUAGCGUCCUCAAGGGAGUUGUGCAAAACUUCCCUGCCGUGAACUGGAUUGGCCGUGAUAUGUUGACCAGUGUGAACAAUCUCAGCCAGAACGACGAGCGAGAUGAUGUGAAGAUUCCCGCAGCCUCUCUGAUUGGUGAUCUCAACCGUCGUGAGAAGAAAUGGAUGCUCCCCCAGGCCUUUAUGAUAACUAGUCAACCAUCAGCAGGGAAGGGCAAUCCUCCAAAGAGUGAAUCAGCUGACAAGAAUGCAAAUGGAAAAUCUCUACCGUCGCGGCCUCAAUCUUCGACUCCAGGCUUGAACGCUUCCGCUACGGAAUUCAAACCAACCACCGAGCCUCACACGUCCAAGUCAGAACCUACAAAGACGGAAGUCGAAGAUGGAGAGAUUGAGGAUGCGAAGAUGACCGAUGCUGUGUCGAGGAACACAACAGAAACAGAUACACUGGGCCAGAAGUCGUCUGAGCAAACUGACACCACAGCCUCAACCACAGCUGAACCAGCUGCUUCCCAGACACAGCAGGCAGGCGGCGCUGAAUCAACAACUAAUGAGAAACCUGCUGCUCCGGCGGUAGAGUCUCGAACCACUCGUCAGCCUACCCCUGCUUCCCCAGCACCUGCUGCAUCCCAUGCCACUCCAAAGGGCCCUGAACCGGGCCGGCAAGCAAACAUUCCUCGACGCCCUGACUCAGAACGAGCGCCAUCCGGCAACCAAAACGUGCGCUCGCAGACGCAUACGCCUAAUCGUCCUUACCGGGAGGAUGGAAGGUUGCCACCACGACCUGACCUUCUAGACGACAGGCGCGAUAGACAUCCAGACUACCCUCGAGGCGGUCGCUAUGGCGGCGAGCAUGACUACAAUAGGUCGUUUGAACAGCCUCUAGGUGAUGGCAGGGGCUAUGGUCGUCUCGAUAGAGAGUAUCCUUUAAGGCCAUCUAUGGACGAGCCAUUCCGUGGCCCUCCUUACCGUGAGGGGCGUCUCCCAAGAGAACCGGAGUGGCCAGAUCGCUCUGGACGUUUGCGCCCUGCGGACGCUCGGGACGCACCACCUGUCGCACGCUCUGGUCCACCGACUCACCCUGAUCGCGCAGAAAUGAUCCACGAUCACCCUGACCGGGAAGGUUAUCGGCGUGGGGAGGCACUGCGACAAGAAAAGGAUGACAGGCGAUCUUUGCCAUCGAGAACGUUAUCACCUCCAAGAGUGGAACUUCCAAACCGCCCGGAACGCUUCCCCGAUGACCGCCGAUCCGGUAACUUCGGACAAACACAUUCACGGCAUGAGGAUCUACCGACCGGACCUCGCAGUGAACGGGUUGGACGGCCUCCCAUGGAAGGCCACGAAUCAAGAGACCCGGACCUGAGCCAUGGACGGUUGCGUCAGCCAGAGCCUCCAGCCGAAAUCCCAUCUGGGCCCCGGAUGCGCAAUGCACCUGGCAGAGGUGGACGAGGUGGGCCAGGGCCAUCUAACGGCCCGAACGCGCCUACUGAACGCCAACCGCCUACUGGGCCAGGUCGCCAGGGUAUGCGUGGCGGUCCUGACCAAUCUGCAUCCGCAGCCCCAUCGUCACCUGGCGCUGAAAGGCUUGAUACCACUGGAAUACAUCCUGACCGGCUGAAGAACCUUCAACCGCAGCCUACGGAUGGCUCCUUUGCAGGACCCAUGCGCUCCAGUCAUCCUUCAUCUCCUGCAUCCGUUGUUCCCCCAUCGGGACCUCGUAGUGCGCUUGGACCACCGCAAGGGCCAUCCUCUCUUAACCGUGGACCGCCCCAAGGCCCCGGUUACGGUGGCGAACGGGGUCGUGGUGAUAAGCGGUUUGCUGGGCUCAACAACAUGCUGCAGCAAUCUGGAGGACCCGCGGAGCGUGCGGGCCCAGGUCCAACCAUUCGUGGCCGAGGUGCCAACCGUCAGCCCGCUGGUAUGAGUGCUCCUUCUCAGGCUCCUGAUGAAGGCGGUCGGUUGGGACCAGCACAGAAUCGACCUGACCUUAUGGCCGGCCGGCCCUCCACUUUCUCCGAGGAUGAUGGACAACCCCGGAAUCGACCAGGCGGAGCCCGUGGGGAACUUGUGGAGGAGACUGGAUCCGAGUCACGGAGGCCUGUGCGGUACUCGGGCCAUGACCGGGAUCGAGAAAGGGAGCAUAACAGAGAACGGGACCGUGGUGACCGUGAUAGAGAUCGGGAACGUGACCGUCGGACAGGCGAGGAGGAGGGAACACGGAGUAGUAGCCGGAGAGAGGAGCACCGAGAUCGGACGCGAGACUUUGAACGGGAGCGCAGCCGUAGAAGUGAUGUAGGCGCAGGCAGCACUCGGGAAGAACGGUACGAGUCCCGUGAGGCAUCACGCCGAGGGACCGGGUCACGCGAUGACAAUCGUCGUCGACGGGAUCGCGAGGAUGCAUCAGACGCCCAGAGUCAGGAACAUGAAGGGCGCCUUCGGCCUCCAUCUUCGCUUGGCGGACACCCACCUCCGCCCCCUCCCCCGCCACCCCUCCCAGGGAACGCCGAGGAAGAACGGCGCUGGGGCGGCGGCCGGGAACCGCGUGAUAGAGAUCGGGACCGGAAUCGGGACCGUCCGCGCGACCGAGACUAUAACCGCGACGGCGGCGGCAGCGGAGGAGGCUCCCAUCGCAAGCGUGGAAGACCCGGGGGCGAUGAGAGUGGACAUGGCGACGGCGGUGGCCGAGGAGGCAUGAGAAUGGGAGGUGAGAGUAAACGGCCUCGGCGAGGGGCGUGA